UGCUCGCGCAGCCGUGCGAAGGCGUCGUAGCGCCGACGCAAAGGUGGUCCACCUGCCGUUGCGAUUGGGGACGUGUGCGUGCGUGAGUCGUGCGUGAUUUGGUGGAGAUAGCGUCAAACGGGGUGCCCUUGAGCGGUGGCCUGGGGCAUCGUGCGGUGCGUGGGGGUACAUCGUGUGGUGCACAUAGUUGUGUGGGUCAAGUGGUGCCCCCAGAGAAAUUUUGGGAAUGGGAAGGCGCGAGGGACGGCGCGUGCGUGAACGGUGGUUGCUCACACGCAAAACAUGGCGAUAUAUGGCCGAGGCGGGACGUCGUUUGCUCCCGGAGGCACCCGAUGCCACAACGGGUGAUAUUGAGCAACACUUCCAGGAUGUCUGUCGGGCAGAGCCGCGUUUUAUCCUCUGGACACGCAAACUUAGCUACCCCGGGGCUGUGGGUGCCACACGGCGCUUUGCUGAGCGUCUCGAGCGACAUUUGAGCUUCGAUGGGCUCUGUUCGGGGCGUCAUCACAGUACCCAUCGUAAUCCCUGUAAAGCCACACAAACUGAUCCUGAACCUCCGCGAUCACCCACGAAAGAACCCGAAGCACCCACGACCAAGCCCACACGACGUACAGACGAUGUGAGCCAAUCCGUUGGGGAUACCAUUAAGCGUUACCUUCGGAUGGCGCGAAAGAAACCCGCGAAAGAAUCCAAACAGCAAUUUACGAGCGUGAAUUACGAUCGCGUUGUUAUAGUCUCAAUGGCAGUGGACACGGAGAAGGAGAAAGGCUGCCAGGUGGAACCGGAAAUUCUAAUGCAUUUACCUUUGAUAGAACCGCGACAAAUGGCGGACACGCAGACAGCGCCAAUGGUGCACAAAUCCAAAUCAUCAAGCAAUGUGGGACCACUCCUUUCCAGGAAGAUCUGGCGGGGAAGAUCCAAAAGUCAAACAAGACCCAGCACUGAAGUGCCACCAGCUAAAGCACAAUGGUCACCGCAGGGCAAAGGUGUCUGGGCAUCCCAUGAGGGACAACGUAUUGUUCUGCAGGAUAUGGAUCUGCAGGAGUUGACGGCUGUUGAGAGAAAAAUCCUCCAACGAAUAGCAGCAAUGAAGCUCCAGGAGUUAAAUUUUGGUGCUUCGGCUGUUCCCGUGGAGGAUAAAGCACCCGUGGAGGAGAAACCAAAACGCAGAGCUCUCCUUUUGAAACGGAAAGCCCUAACAACGGGAUUCUUCGAUGCAAAUAAGAAGGAUGACAGUAGAUCGGCAGGAGCUACAUUUGGCCUAGGCCUCGAGCAGUGCUUGGCCAAUGAGGUGCGUGCAACAGCACGGAGAUCAGGGAGAGCAUCCGUGGGUGCCCUCCCGCUGGACACAGUGACCCACGUGAGAGCUGGAUCGUGCGAGAGUCUCCCAUCAAAGGCUGCAGAUGCACCACCAAUGGGGGAAUCACUGAGUCAGGGAGACGUGAGGAAUGAGGGUACACCCCCGCCGAGAGUACCAGCCAUCGUGAGGGCAUGCAUAGAUCACAUCUUAGCACAUGGCUUGAGUACGGUGGGUAUCUUCCGGGUAUCACCAGCAAGACGUCGUGUGCGGCAUUUGAGGGAGGAAUGGGAGAGAGCAGGACCCACGGGAAUAACUUUUGAGGCUUCCCACUGCCCACAUGACAUUGCAACGCUCCUCAAGGAGUUUCUGCGUGAUCUACCUGAACCACUUCUCUGUCGAGCUCUCUAUGCCACCUUCCUGGCGACACAGCGCAUCCGGAAUCGCCGGCUUCAGCUUGAAGCUCUGGCGCAUCUCAUUCAGCUACUACCUGCCGCCCAUCGGGAUACAUUGCGUGCCUUGUUGGCCUUCUUGGCGGACGUUGCACGUGCUGCAAAUGAUGGCAAUCGCAUGGACAGCACGAAUUUGGCCACUGUGUUUGCCCCAAAUAUCCUCAGGGCUGACGAUGAUCGCGUCGAAGAACGUCUAGAUGCUAUCAAUGUGAUAAGAACAAUGAUUGAUCACCAAGAGGAGCUUUUCUUGGUACCAGCAGCUCUCAUGGAUGAAGUUUAUGCGGAAAUGAUGGAGGCACAUGGGCCAGCUCUUGAUAGGCUAUGCGAAAGGAGAGCUGCAGAAGCACCAGAAGUGGCACCACCACGACUAACGAGAAGAGAUGAAGAAGAACGAAGGAGAAUGUCUUCACCGUUAGUCCUGCAUGGGCAUGGAGUUCUUUCAGCUUCCCUCAGGAUCCCUGUGACCGUAGCACCUCUCCAUGUGGGAGAUAAUCUCGAGGAUAUACCCUACAUUGAGGACACCAGUGCAUCAGAGCAUUCAGAUCAUGCUAAAACAUCUCAACGGUCAUUGGCAACUGUAACAGGUACCCUAUCGCUGGCAGCAUCACCAGCAGCCCAAACGGAAAGAGUAUUCUUCCCUGAGGAACCCAUUCAGAGGCGUCCACAUCGUGUAUCAACUUCCAGUAGCUCCAUGGGUGCCGUGAUGCGUUCAAAAACAGAAGAUUUUGAACGAAGAAAAGCCCCAGGUGGGGAAACACGACGCCAACCCAUCUAUAAGCGACGCGAGAUUAUUUCUAGUGCACAGAGCAGCCGCAAGUGACAUGUCAAAAAAAUCUCUUUCUUCUUCCUUUCUCAAAGUAAUCUCACGGAAAAAAAAAUACAGAACUUUUCUCACAGGA